UUUUUUAUUUUCAUAUGAAAAAUGAUAUUGAAGCUGUGGGUAAAAUUUAAGAGUGGGUAAAUUUGAAACCACGUGAUUAUUACGUAUUUCCGUUAUGUCUAUUUUUAGACAUUUUAAGGACACUUCCGGAUACGAUGCCAGGGUAAAUUACUCGUACGAUAAAUGUAUAUGUACAUACCGUAUAUAUGUAUAUGUGUACAUAAACACCGGAACAUAACUACGUCAUUGCAAAUAUCAUUUUAAUUACAAAAUAGAAGAAUGGGAUUUGUAAAUAGUAAUUUAGAAUAGUCAUUCUAUUUCAUUCUAAAUAUUAUCAUCGUGUUCUCACAAGAAAUAUCAAGGUAAUCUUUGUAAUAGUUGUCCAAUAUCUUGGGAUUGUUUUACUCUACUUCAUCACCUUCAAUAACAAGAGAGAAUAAAUUUCAAUGUUUAACGUCUAUAUUUCAUAGAACUUAAAUGAGACAAUUCGCUUGUGAAUGGCCGGGAAAAAGUCAUCAACAACAGUCAAUCCAGUCAACAACUAUUUUUGAAACGGAAAACAACUCAUGCAACGAUGUCAAUCAUGUCUAAUAAAUGGUGCAUUUUUUUAACAUUCAUAUUUAUUAUCGGUGGGUGUUUAACUCUUGAAAAUGGAUUGGCAAGAACCCCUCCCAUGGGUUGGUUAGCGUGGGAACGGUUCAGAUGCAAUACAGACUGUAAAAAUGAUCCUGACAAUUGUAUUAGUGAUCAAUUAUUUCGAACAAUGGCAGACUUAGUAGUAGCUGAAGGCUAUGCAGACGUUGGGUAUGAAUAUAUUAAUAUCGACGACUGUUGGAUGGAGAAAAAUCGUGCGGCGAAUGGCGACAUAGUACCUGAUCAUCAAAGAUUCCCAUAUGGGUUAAAAAGUCUCAGUGAUUAUAUUCACGCUAAAGGAUUGAAAUUCGGUAUUUAUGGGGAUUAUGGUAAUUAUACAUGUGCUGGUUAUCCAGGAAUUUUAGGAUACAUGGAAAAUGAUGCCGCAGCUUUUGCUGCUUGGGAUGUUGAUUAUGUUAAACUCGAUGGAUGUUACGCAAACGCAUUAGAUAUGGAUCGAGGCUAUCCAGAAUUUGGAUACCAUUUAAAUCAGACAGGAAGACCAAUGAUUUAUUCAUGUAGCUGGCCAGUUUAUCAAAUUUACGCAGGCAUAAGUCCUAACUUCUCAGCUAUUAUUCAUCACUGUAAUCUCUGGAGAAAUUACAAUGAUAUUCAAGAUUCUUGGGCAAGUUUAGAAUCAAUCAUCGAUUAUUACGGCGAUCAUCAAGAUGACAUAAUACCAAAUGCUGGUCCAGGACAUUGGAAUGACCCAGACAUGUUAAUUGUUGGCAACUUUGGACUUAGUUAUGAACAAAGUAAAACACAAAUGGCUCUAUGGGCUAUUUUGGCUGCUCCUCUUUUAAUGUCAGUUGAUCUCAGAACUAUUAGACCCGAGUACAAGGCCAUUUUACAGAAUAAAAAAAUUAUUGCUGUAGAUCAAGAUCCUUUGGGUAUUCAGGGUCGACGAAUUUACAAGCAUAAAGGUAUUGAAAUCUGGGCACGACCAAUUACUCCAAUCUACCAGUCUUAUUACUCUUAUGCAGUAGCUUUCUUGAAUAGAAGAACAGACGGUACACCUUCAGAUGUAUCAGUCACGCUUAAAGAAUUAGGUCUUCAAUAUCCGGGAGGUUAUAGAGUUGAGGAUUUAUAUGAAGAUGUUGACUAUGGUAUUUUGACACCACAAACGAAAAUUAAAGUGAAAGUAAACCCAUCAGGAGUAGUCAUAUUACGUUGUGACGUUCAUCGUGAUCAUCUAUUUUCACGAAGUCAAUUAUUACAAUCAUUCUCACCACUACAAUCAGUUUUUAAUGUUAGACAAAACACCUUCGAAUAGAUUUACAUAUCAAUUAUUAGUAAUUUUUUUUAUAAUUUUCCAUAAUGUUUUAUAAUUUUGUAAUUUGUUUAUGAAUGAACAAGUAAAAUGUUUACGACACCAAUAAUUUGUAAAUAACGCAAUUUUUUCUGAUAUAUUGGAAAAAAAUAAAUAAUUGUUCAAACAAUAUUUGAAUUAUAGAUUUUUUCCAUUAAAUAUUCAUUGAAUAUAUUAAAUAGCACAGGUAAAAAUUGCUAUUCAUAUUUGGAGAUCUAAAUUAGAACUCAAGGUUUUACCCUUGUAACACAGUCCAUUCUCAAGAUAACAUUUCGUUGAGAAGAAAAAUAUUAAAUUUUUUAAAAUUCAUUCUAGUUCUUUGUACGAGGGUUAAAUUUUCAAUGGUAUACUUCAUUCAGUUUAUAUUAAUUCAACAUCGGGUUUAUUCGUGAAUAGUGGGGAUGUAGAGAUUCAUAGCCGAAUAUCUACUUCUCGAUCGACUUUAUAUACCUAAUAGAGGGAAGUUUGCAUGUGUACAUCAAUAUUAUAACCUAAACAUAAGAAUAAAUUCAUUCAUAAAACAA